CUCUAUUCGAAUUUAAUUUUGAUAAUAAAUUUCUAUUUCAAUGAAUAAUUGAUGAAAGUGUUGCCAUUUUUCAGUUGGUUUCUUAUUUCUAAACUCCUACGCUAUUGAUAUUAUUAUCUUGUAUCAGCUGCUUUCUUUGACCGUUGAGGAUUUUGCUCUGCUACCGGAAAAGAAGAGACAUUGAAUCUCAAACGUCGAGAACAAAGUUACUAAGCAUGUUGUUUUCAAUAUGAUUAAAUGGCUGGUACCUUUCGAUCACAAUGGCUUCAGAAAGUAAUGAUCAUUAUGAGCUCUUAGGCAACAGUAGCGGAGACGACAGCAAGAAAGAUACAGGUGAACAUGCCACAAAGAAAUCUAACAAGAACUCUCCACAAAAGGAUGCAGGAUGUAUAAUUGAAAAUAACUAUCCAUGUAGCGUGUGGUUCAUCUUGGGAAAUGAAGUUUGUGAAAGAUUUUCAUAUUAUGGCAUUCAUGCAAUACUUGUCAUCUAUCUUACUUCAAUGCUUCAGUUGUCUGAUGAACGUGCAACGUCCAUCUAUCAUGCCUUCAACAUGUUUUGCUACUUUAGUCCUAUAUUUGGUGCCAUAUUAGCGGACAGCUUUAUAGGAAAGUAUAGGACAAUACUUUAUGUGUCUAUUGUAUAUGCAAUUGGAAAUAUUGUUGUAGCUGUUACUGCUGUACCAUCUAUCCUGGAUAAAGUCAAAUUGAGCGGACCUCUUAUAGGUCUCUUUCUCAUAGCGUUGGGCACAGGCGGAAUAAAACCAUGUGUAUCUGCAUUUGGUGGCGAUCAAUUUGGACCGCAUCAGCAACAUCUCCUGGAGAGCUUUUUCUCCAUCUUUUACUUCUCAAUUAAUUUUGGAAGUCUCCUUUCUAUGAUAGUAACACCAAUACUAAGAGGCGAUGUGUCUUGUUUUGGUAAUGACUGCUACACUCUGGCGUUCGGUGUUCCCGCCAUGUUGAUGAUCGUUGCGAUAAUCGUUUUUAUUGCUGGAACUCCGAGGUACAAGAAAAAUCCUCCUGCCGGCAACAUCGUCGUUAAAGUAAUUUCCUGUAUAUUUUAUGCGACUCGAAAACGUUUUAGUAGCGUUGGUAAUCGGGCGACGAAAGAGCAUUGGUUGGACUCAGCUGAAGAAAAGUACGGGAGGAAAAUGAUAACGGACGUGAAAGCUUUACUUCGAGUCCUUUUUAUGUUUUUGCCUCUUCCGUUAUUUUGGACGCUGUUUGAUCAACAGGGCUCUCGGUGGACUCUGCAAGCAGAAUUGUUAGACGGACACGUUGGUGAAUUACUGACGGUUAAACCAGAUCAGAUGCAGGCUCUCAAUCCCAUCUUCAUCCUUGUUCUUAUACCAAUAUUUGAAAGAGUCGUUUACCCUAUUAUGAGAAAGUGUGGCUUUGCUCUGAGACCUUUGCAAAGAAUGUGUUUUGGAAUGUUUUUGGCCAGCGUCUCGUUCGUGAUGGCAGCGUUUUUACAGCUUCGUGUGCAGGCUACUUUUUACAAAAUGCCCGACGCUCGCAAUGGCCAAUCAAACUUGAGAAUCAUCAAUGCAGCUAGAUGCUCUCUCAACGUCACAUUUCCAGAAAAUUCACCCGUUUUUCUAAAGAUCCCUCAAAGAUCUGCAAGCGGUUACAUAUUAAUGCCAACACACGUCAAACGCAUGCGUGUGAAAGCGGAUGUAUGCCCUAAAUCGUCCAAUCUGCCUAACUUUGACAGUAGCAAUGAGUUUGCUUUGUCCUUGAAGUCCAAGAAAUGUUUUGAAUUCGUCGUCUCAAAUGACCUUAGAAAGUUUUCUGGUAAACAAUUGAAAGUCAAGUUUCUGAAUAGAAUAAAGAGUGGGACGUCACGUGUUAGAUUCAUCCAUGCGGGUGCUGCUGUUUUUCCAAGUGUUUCAGUAAUGCUUAAUGGCAGCCUUACGUAUAAUUUGACAAAAUUGGAAGCGACUCGCUUCGUCAAAUUAAAGUCGCAGAGGUACAACAUAAAGAUUCUUGAUUCAGAUAACAACGUUGUUCAAAAGAAAAAAGUUGAAUUUCAAAAUAGUGGAAUGUAUACUGUGAUCCUGCAGGAAAAUCCUGUUACCCCUGAUGAUCCCCAGCUCGUUAUUCAAAGUUAUGUUGAAGUGAGUCCAAAAGUCGUUUCGAUAUUUUGGCAAGUUCCUCAAUAUCUUGCUAUUACGUCUGCAGAAGUGAUGUUCUCCAUAACAGGUCUCGAAUUUGCUUAUUCACAGUCGCCAGCCAGCAUGAAAUCUUGUAUCAUGGCUGCGUGGUUGCUCACAGUUUCUGUUGGGAAUUUAAUCGUCGUGAUCUUUGCUGAAGCUCGUUUCUUCAAAAAUAUGGCAUACGAAUUCUUCUUCUUUGCCGGUCUUUUGUUGUUGGUGUUGUUGAUGUUUGUUGGAAUGGCUCAUCGUUACACUUACGUCUCGCCCGAGAGUAGAUACGAAGAGGAAGGCGAUCAUUUGUUACUGGAAGAAACUGAGGACGAAACUUCAACUUAAACAAACGUCGAAUAAAACGACAAGAAAUAAUUAUAAGAAAUUUAGUCGUAUUUUUAUAUAUGGCAACAUGAAUUUUUUGCCAAAUACCUGUAUUUAUUUGAAAUAUUUUAACUGAAUUCAGUUAGAUUUUAUCUUUCUCAUUUCUA